AUGGGCUUAAACUUGUCGCAAUCUCUACGCUCCGCCGCUUUGCCGGUGGUAGUGUCGACCGAGGAUGCGGUGGAAGGACCAGGAGGCAUGCUACACCACCCAGGCUUCACGGCGGAUAUGAGCUCAACAAUGUCUCAAUCGAUCAAGUCCCAGUCGACGAUGGAUGAUCAGCAUUCGGUACAGUACAGCAUGGCAUCGUUUGAUCCGUCGGGGACACCGCACGAGACUGCGGACUCGGGUGGCAGGGACACUUCACAAAAGACAAGCAGUAGCGGCUCCAAGGGAAAAAGUAAGGCUAAGAAGAUAGACGAUGUCGAUCUGAUGAAGGCCCGGGCCAACUCCAACAUGUCCUUCGUGUACAUGAAGAUCCCUAAGGUGGGCGUGCGCCUGAGUUAUAGAGCCGGCGAUGGCGACAUUCUCUUCAAUCUGAACGA